GAGCCGCGGUGGAGGGGUGAGGGAAGGAGGGGGGGAAGAAAAAAGAGAGAGCGGUUGGGAGAGGAGCAUCACUACCACGGAGAGGGAGAGAGAUGGCGGAGUGCGGGCGGAAGGCGCUGUCUCUCCUGGAAGCGGCCCGCUCCCGGUACGAGAGCCUGCAGAUAUCCGACGACGUGUUCGGCGAGUCCGGGGACGACAGCAGCGACAACCCCUUCUACAGCACCUCCGGGGACUCGGACUCCGACAACUGCACUGCCGAGGUCGGCGAGGACGAGCAGCAGCAGCAGCAGCAGCAGCACCAGCAGCAGCUGCAGCACAAGCGGGGCGAUAAGGAGGGCAGCGGGCACCGCGGGGCGUCCGGAGGCGGGAGCAGCGGGGCCGGUCCCCCGGGCUCUCUGUCCCGCAGUCAGGCGGAGGAGGAGGGCUGGACGGAGACUCUGCAGGACGUCACGGUGCCGCCGUUCAAAGAGACGUAUGGUCCCGCCCAGAAGAUGCCGGCCUCCUCCACGGCUCUGGACUUCUUCCAGCUCUUCGUCCCCGACAAUUGCAUCCAGAACAUGGUGACCCAGACCAACAUGUACGCCAAGAAGUUCCAGGAGCGCUUCGGCUCGGACGAGGGCUGGCGUCCCGUCACGGCCCAGGAGAUGAAGGCCUUCCUGGGCUUUGUCACCUCCACCAGCGUGCAGCGCUGCGAGUCGGUGCUCAGCAUCUGGAGCUCGGGCUUCUUCAGCAACCGGAGCAUCGCCUUGAAGAUGAGCCAGGCGCGCUUCGAGAAGAUCCUCAAGUACUUCCACAUCGUGGCCUUCCGGCCGUCCCAGGGGAGCAACCAGGGCCUCUACAAGAUCCAGCCCUUCCUGGACCUGCUGCAGCAGUCGUUCAGCUGCACCUUCAAACCCUCACAGACGCAGGUUCUUCAUGAGCCAUUUAUAGACGAGGAUCCGGUCUUCAUCACCACCUGCACGGAAAGGGAGCUGAGGAAGCGGAAGAAGAGGAAGUUCAGCCUGUGGGUGCGUCAGUGCACCUCCACCGGAUUCAUCUGCCAGAUCUCAGUCCAUCUGAAGGAGAGCACGGAUGCUCUGGCCACCUUGAAGAACAAGCCUCAGCUCCACAGCCUCGUGGCCAAGCAGCUCUGCCAGAACAUAUCUGGCAAGAACACCAUCGUCUUCACCGGGCCGUCCAUAACGAGCCUCGGCCUCUUCACCGAGUUCAGCAAACAAGAUAUCUACUGUUGUGGUCUGCUGAGCACCAGGAAGAGCGACUGUACGGGUUUACCACAAAACAUGCUGGUCUGCAGCUCCACGCCGGCGCAGCGCGGCCAAUCACGGGUCAUGAUGAAGGGCAGCAUGUCCCUGAUCAGCUGGUACAACAAGGGACACUUCCGCUUCCUCACCAACGGUUAUUCCCCAACCAAACAAGGUAUCAUCAUUAAGAGGAAAAGCGGGGAGAUCCCAUGUCCGUUGGCCGUCGAGGCCUUUGCGGCGCACCUCAGCUACAUCUGCAAAUACGACGACAAGUACAGCAAGUACUUCAUUUUCCAUAAACCCAACAAGACCUGGCAGCAGGUGUUCUGGUUGAGCAUCAGCAUCGCGAUCAACAACGCGUACAUCCUCUACAAGAUGUCCGACGCCUACGCGGUCAAACGGUACAGCCGAGCGCAGUUCGGAGAGAGACUGGUCAAAGAGCUGCUGGAUUUAGACGACUGCUCCCCCACACAGUGAGGACGAGGAGGAGGAGGAGGACGAGGAGGAGGAGGAUGAGGAGGAGGAGGACAGCCAGACCGCGAAACAUAACACACACAAUCACCGCAAAUCUACACUCCAUUACGAUUGUACAGCGACCGGGCGUCUGUGUGUAUGUGAUUGUGCUGAAGCGGUGCCAGGCCCGUGUCGCUCUCCCUCUAGUUGUUUUCUGUGCUUCUGUGGAUAUCCGUGAAACAACACGACGCGCGUUAGAGAAUCAACAAAUGUGCAACCUCUGGACCUGCGUAGAUUUACUGAGGGUUGGUCAGCAGGGCGUCUCCUUCGCAGGCAGGACAAGGAAACCCAGGAUAGAUUCUCCGCCAGAACGAUGUCCGGCUUCGAGCCUUGACCCCAAUCAAAGAGCCACGGGGUCGACGUGAGGCCUGAAUCUCCCGCGCGGGUGUUCAAGCCUGUGCUCGCGUAGCUCCACUAUUUACACCCUGCAAAAAAAAAAAAAACAACAACAACAACCUGUGAGCCUGUGACAAGAGCUUAGUAAACCGGGACGACCAGGUGUGUUCACACGCUGCAUGCAUCAAGAGUCUGGAUUGUGGUGUUCUAUUGUUUGGUGUGAAAAGGAUUUUUGCUCCAGGGGGUGUUUUGAAAAUGUGUGUGUGUGUGUGUGUGUGUGUGUGUGUGUUAAGCAAGUAGAACUGCCAUUUGCGACUGCGACAUUGAGCCUGAGGACAUGAAGGUACGGCCAUUGUGACCCAGAAGUGUCGUGUGGCUGCAGACUGGGAUCGCCAGAGGGAGCCGGUCAGGUGACGUAAAGCCUCACGCAGCAGUGUGCCAACAGCCCCCGCAGCCUCAAAGAGACCAAGAAUGACUAGAAAAAUGUGAAAUGAUUGAAAAGGCAACCGUUAAAGUUAGGUUGGUAGGUAGGUUAGGUCCAAUUACUAUUGGAAUGAUUAUUAUUAGAUUGGUUUAAUCAGAUUUAACUCAAAACGUAAAACAGUCCAAAGUUAGUAAGAAAAAGUAUAGGAUCACAUUGCUCACAAUAAGAAGCUGAUUGAGAGAAUAGGUUUUCAGUCUUUGAAAAAAAUGUAACGAUAAAUGCAAUUAAAUAUGCAACCUAAACUCCUCUUUUCUAUUUUAGUACUCAUGUAGUUAGCUGUACUUUGCAGAACCAGUUCAAACGGUACAAUAUUGAGAGCAAGAUGGCAGGGGAUUGGAUUAAUAUCACACGGCAAUAUUUGGUACGAGAAGCAAAAAAAAAAGCACUCGCUGGUGGCUUUGAAAAUGUCGCGGAAGAACAAUGGCUGCUAAACAUUUGAUUUUUUUUAGCCAUUGGGGCUCAAAUCAUCAGCAAGCUCUACGUGAUUUUUAUAACCGCAUUGUGUGUGUGUGUAUGUGUGUGUGUGUGUGUGUGUGUGCGCGCUUGCUCAGUCAGCGAGGUUUGGUCUGUGGAUACACGUCGCAGUGAGGGGGGGGGUCGA